AUAAAAGCUUGAAACUGAAACUUUCCAGACUAAUAUUUGCGAAAUAAAUAUGUCGUUUCAAAACCAACCAAACCGUCCGGAGAAGCAUAAAGCAAAAGUUCCGUUCUAUUUAAAUCCAUUGUAUUUGGAUGAUGCCGAAAGGGGGUGGGAUGAGUCUCCAAAUAAAUUCAAUCAACCAAAAAUGCGCCUCCGUUGUCGUGACAUUCCGAGUCGAAGUCAAAGCUUCAAUAUAUUCGAACGAAAAUCAGUGAAUGAGAGAAUCAGAAGAACAAACAGAACCAGCAAGCUAAUUGAUAACAAAAGGUUUGAUUUUAGAAAUUCACCAAGGACAAUACAAAAAUACACAAUUUCGCCAAAGAAAUAUUCUACAUCUUCGGAUUCCGAUGAAAACAUAUUCAAUUUUAAAAUUCGAGACACAACUCGAUCAGAUGGCAAGAUGUACAAUAAUCGAGUGUAUGGUGGCAUGAAUGUGAGUGAUACACCAGGUCUCACAGAAGUGGUAACUCCACGCGCACUGAAGGAUGCCAAAUUCCAUUUGAGAAAGGUUUCGAAACCGGCAUUGUCGUGGACUCCAGCCACUCUGUGGGAAUAUCGUCAAAGGAAGAAACGGAGAUAUGGGCUUGAUAAGACGCAGAUCGAAACUAUAACGGCGGGCUACAAUGUUCGAAGAUGUCUACAUGAUCUGUCAGAUGAUGAGUCUAUAGACGCGUUCUACCUUUGCUGCGUUAAACAUGAGAUGCAGAAAGAAGUAGAAACUAUAUUUACGUUAGCAAAGAUGGAUAAAACUGUUAGCUUCGAUAAAAAUUGUGUAGAUGAACGCGAGAAAUCAGCUUUGAUCAUUUCAAUUGAAAACAGAAACUUGAUGAUGAUCAAUAUUUUACUGAAAAAGCAGGUAAACAUUGGUGAAGCUAUAUUUCAUGCAAUAGAAAGUGAUUUUGUUGACGGUGUGAAGGCGAUAUUGGAUUGUGAUUCAGGUACAAAUGCAAAAAUAUCCGGAGAAAACCAUUACUUUCACAUUGGAAUGACGCCAAUGCUUUUGGCAGCUUACAACAACAAUUAUGAAAUUUUGUCACUUUUAUAUGAGCGAGACCAUAGACUAAGCACGAUAUGUGAUUGGGGAGACGGAUAUGAAGAAGCAUGGGAAGCUUGCAAUGAGAGACGAAUGAUUUCAAAAGCAAGGGCUUGUCCCGCGUUCAUCACCUUGAUGUCAGAGCUUGGUCGUAAAAACCCAAUAACUUAUUGCCUCGGGGAAAUUCAAUCAAACAAGAUAUACGCACAAAAAUAUCACGAAUACGCGUUUUAUAAAGGGUUGACAGACAAUUUAGAAGAUUACAUGUGUUCACUACUUGACGAGAUCUGUUCGUCACAAGAACUUGCAGAUUUUUUCCAUUACGAUUACGAGCCUAUGACAUCAGAAAAAUCGGAUUUUCGAUCCUUCCUGAAAGAAUCAAAAAAUCGCUGUCAACUUGGAAACAGAUUCAAAUUAUUGGAAAGUGCCAGCGAUGAAAAUCUUUCUAGAUUCGUGACACAUCGACAGCCGCAGCUUGCAAUGGCUUACAUUCGCAAUAGAGGAACUCCAUUCCUCAGGAAAAAAGGAUGGUACUCUCGUUCAUUGAUUUCAGUAUUGAUCGGACUUAUGUUUCCCAUUCUAUCAAUAUUUUACAUCUUUGCUCCAAACAGCAAGCUUGGGAGUUUAAUAAAGCUUCCCACUGUUUUAUUCUUCUGUCACCUGAUGUCGGAUAUAGUAUUUUGCGUACUCUUGUUUUUCAACAUCAUAUCACAUACGGUGGAAAACGACGUUUUGGGUGCGUUACCUACAACAGUUGAAUGGUUAAUUUUCGUCUGGAUUCUUGGGAAAUGGGUGCAAGAAAUUCAGGAAUGUGAGAAGAGAGGACCGCGAAGUUACUUCAGUGACAACUGGAACUAUGUAGAUCUCAUAUUCCUAACAUUCUCAACAGCUAGCAUCGCUCUAAGGUGCGUCGACAUUUUGCAAAACCAAAAUGCAAGCAGAACCCUACAUAGAGUGAAAUGGAGUUCGUAUGAGCCGAGGCUUGUAGCUGAUGGUUUACAAUCAUGUGCUUACUUAUUUGCAUUUGUCCGUCUUCUUGGUCUGCUCAGAGUAAAUCAAAGCUUAGGCCCACUUCAGGUAUCACUGGGACGAAUGAUGUAUGAUGUAAUGCGAUUUCUAUACAUUUUUCUUCUCAUGAUGUGUGGAUUUGCAUUCGGUCUCAAUCACUUAUACUGGUAUUAUGGUACGAAAGAGGGCACACGCAUUUACUGCUCACACAAGAGAGUUCCGCCAGUUAACACAACAACUUCGUCUUCCACCACAACGGCGGAUUGUACCAGUUUGAAAGGCAAAUCCUUUAGCACCAUUCUAUAUGCAUUGAGAAGUUUAUUUUGGGCUUUGUUUGGAUAUUUCGAGCCAGAUAAUCUGGCUCUCAACGGAAAUCAUAAGUUUACAGAACAGUUAGGGUUUUUAAUGUUAGGACUUUACUAUGGAGCUGCCGUCAUUGUUAUGAUGAAUAUGUUGAUAGCCAUGUUGAACAAUUCUUAUACCGUCACUAGCGAAAAUGAAGAUAUGGAAUGGAAGUUCCAUAGAACGUCCGUUUGGAUCCGGUUCUUUCGUCGAGAAGUGAUCAGGCCUCCGCCGAUGAAUUUGAUACCAAAUAUGCACCGCAUCGUGUGUUACGUAUUUCGAUUUGGCAAAAAUAUGAUAGGCAGGCCUAAAAACCAGUUGGAAAACGAAGAAUUGGGCACAGUUUCGAGCAAUAAUAUGAAAAACUGUGGAGAAGAAAAGAAAAUUACUGAGAAGAAAAUUACUCAAAAAGAAAAAACUGUAAAAAUUGCGACAAUAAGUAAUAAUGAAAAGGGAAAAAUUAACCCAAGCCUUAAAACAGACGACGAAGAAGGUUUCUACAUUGCUUCAACAUUAGAUUUUCGCAUACGAAAUCCCAGGAAAAAACGUUCGGAUACACCUGUCGUCACGAAAGACAAAAGAUUUUCUUCAGUUCGGCGUGGAGCCAUUAACGCUGCAAUCUUUUCACUAAAAAUGAAUAACAGAAUGCAAAAGAGCCAUAAAGUGCUAGAGCUUCUGGUCAGGAGAUACAAGCUCAAAUAUUUGCUUGGUGGAAGUCCAACUAAUCGCCGUGAUUCUAACUCAAAACCGAGUCAACUCCGUGUAUACGUUUAG